CUUGCCCAGAGUCUCUGGCACUCAUAAGACACAACUGAGACCUUCCAAGCUUGAAGAAAGCACCUUUUCUGCUGCCAUGACAACUAUGCAAGGAGAGGAAGAGAGCACACCAGGGGCUGACCCUCGUGUAUACCAGCCGGGAGAUCAUGCUUCUCUAAAUACGUAUCUGUGGAAAGGGAUGCCAGAGAAGUUCUUGAAGGGGGAACCCAAAGUCCUCGGGGUUAUGCAGAUCCUGAUUUCCCUGAUGAACUUCAGCUUGGGAAUAAUAAUGAUUACUGUCACGGGGAAAUUUGGUGCAAGUUAUAGUGGCACUCCCAUUUCCGUGUACUCAGGGUACACAAUUUGGGGGUCGGUGAUGUUUCUUAUUUCAGGUUCCUUGUCAGUUGCAGCAGGAACUAGAACUACAAGAGGUCUGGUCCAAGGUAGCCUAGGAGUGAACAUCACCAGCUCUGUCUUUGCCGCAUCAGGGAUCAUAAUCACUAUGAUCAGCAUGAUUGGUCUUGCAUCCAGUUACUAUAACUGGAACCCUAGAGCGGGGUUGGAGAAUUAUUACAAGCGCAUACAUAUUUCAACGGGUAUGGAGGGUAUAGUGCUCAUUUUAAGUGUGCUGGAGUUCUGCAUUGCUGUGUCCCUCUCUGUCUUUGGAAGCAAUGUCACCUGCUGUAAUCGUGAGAGGGUUGUGUUCAUUCCUAUGACAAAUCCUCACAUGGCAGAAACAGCAUCUCCUGCACCAGUGAGAGCACAUUUGAUACCACCAACAGAUUAACAGCAAAAUGUUCCAGAAAACCUUUCUUGACAGUUAUGCAAGAACUCCACUUGGGAAAGUGCCAGAAUCCAACUCUUACAUUAAUAUAUUUACACCUAUAAAAUUCAGAGCGAUGUUCUCAUUUUUCCCCAAGAACUCAACAACUCAUUUCACUGGUUCUUU